CCAUCACGAAUCACAUGACAAGGGUAAUCUAGUAAUUUCGCUGUAAACCCUAAUCGUUCGCUUUAUAUACCGAUGUAGAUGUAGCCGUCAUCACUUCUCACACUUGAGCGUGAGUCGGUUGUUCAAUCAAAAGUCUAUGUCAUCGAUCUUUGUUCAUGUUGAUUUUGUGGUGGAAUAUCAUAUGAAUUCGUGCUUUGAAAUGGAUCUAGUUGAUGAAUUACCAGAUGCUUCGGUCGUGAUUUCUCUGUUUAAAAAAUUGGACACCCCGGCAAAUUUCAAGACACCAUGGCAUCAUCUGGUAGUGGAGUAUCCAAUGCGAGCGACCCAAUGGCCUUUACCUCUGAUGACGAGAUGACCACCGACUCGGGAGUGUACACCUCAGACACCACGAGCACCGAUGAAGACGAUUUCCAGCCGUUUGCCCUACCGAUCUUCGGAGACGACGUACUCCUAGCUGAUGGCCCACAAGGAGAGGACCUACCCCUUGUUCCAAUCCCUGCCCCUCUCCCCUUCGCUGCAGUUCCCUUUGAGGAACAACCUCUCGACGCGUUACCCGAUGGUGACAUCGACCUACUCAUCGAGGGUCCCCCGGAGGGAGACCAGGAUGGUGGGGCCCCGAUGGAGGACGGUGUCCAGCUUGUUGAUCCCAUUGUUCCCAUGGUCGAGCUUCCUGAUAUGGAGGUUCAUUCUGAUUCGUCCGCUUCAGGUUCUUUUGAGUCGAUAUCAUCCUUUAUCCCACUGUUGGGAUUCGGUUACAUUCCUCGUAUUGACGAUGAUGAGGAGAUGGAGUUGGAGCAGCCUGCUGAGGCUCCUGUUCUUCCAGAUGAUCUGAUUCCUGUUAGGCUUGCUGAUCAUCAGCCCGCUCCAGUCGUUUCCGAGCCCGUUCUCGCCAUUGACCCUGUUCCUGUCAUUGAUGCACCCGUCGUUGCACCAACAGUCGUUGAGAUCCCAGAUGUAGCACCCAUACCCGAUCCCAUGAUGAUUUUUGAUGACCUUGCACCGUUUGCUACCUACAUUGACCCGAGAUACGCUAACACCAGCAAUGGGUGGAUUGAGGAGGAUGACUACCCUCCGUAUGUAGUCCCAGUCACUCCCCCCACCGCAUCUAUUGCUGUACCACUCGACAUCUCGUUGUUUCCUCCACCCACAUCUGGUACCCAUCGUACCGACCUUCCGAUCACUUUCCUUUAGGACAUUCCUCCGCCCCAACCUGGGGAGGGAUCAUCGAGACAGCCCUUCGGCCACACUUCAUUUAUGACAGGAGAUAACCAGUUUAUACCAUCGACUCCUAACCAUAGUUUUGUCCACCCGUGUCAUCUACUGCACCUUUCAUGUCUCAGUUUCCCCAUACCACUUCACAGGUUGUAUUUACCCCACACACUACACAUUCUGUUUCAGCCCCGAUGGGUGACCCAUUUCUAUGGUCAUCACCCCAUGUUAUGCCAGUAUCCGACCCUUAUCAUCCAUUCCAUGUUGGAUACUCUAUAGAGGACACGCUCACGUCAUUGCAGUUACAGCAGGACGCCUUUAGACGAUAUGUCCAGGAGUUGGGGAGAGCUCCACAUCCUCCAUGCCCCUGCCAGACCCUGUCUACAGCAUCUCACACUUCUUUUCUAUCAUCCCAGGAUUCAGAUGUUCGCUUCCUCCUUCUCGACCAACAGGUUGCACACGUAUUGCGUUUCGCUUAUGCUCUUGAGGAGAACUUGGUGCAUUUGCGCCGAUUGCUUUUCUCUCGCUUUCCACCCCCCCUUCACCAUCAGCCUAGGGAUAUUCGGGGCAAUAGGGAUUCCAGAUCUUCUACAGACAGGCUACUCUUAGUGAGAAGACAUCGCUCAAGCCAUGAUUAUGAAGACCCUUUUUUUGAGACCACGAUUUUGGUUUUUGAUUUAUUUGUUAUUGUACUCAGACAAGGGUGAUGUAGCCCUUAGUAUAUAUUGACAUAUGAUAAAAUUGUGAAACUGUAUUGGUGGUUUGUUUAUGAAACUUAAAUCACAAGACUUUAAAUUC